UAGGCAGCAUUCUCGGGAGGCUGAGGUAGGAGGAAGGAGACGGGGAAGCAGGCAGGUAGACAAACGCGGCUUAGCGUCUGCGUUGUUCUGAGGCAGUCUAGCCGCACCUGUUCCAUUGCCCACACUCACUGACUCCUCCCCCUUUAUCCCUUAAAGCUAAUUUGGAUUCAGGUUCAUGGCUCAACGCCUGUUUCUAACCAGAUCCUUGGCUUCUGUCAUGGCCAGGAAGCUAUUUAUGCGCCGUUGGGCUCUCCCUAGUGCUGGGGUCCUGCAGGCUACCCCCAAGAGCUCCGGCACUCCGGCCCUAAACCUCAGCCGGCUCUUACACAAUUCCCACAUUUAUAAGAUUACGUUCAACAUCUGGGAUGGGCCGGAUUUUCAGGAAAAGGUGCUCAAUAGCACCAUCCCAGUGGUGGUAGAUUUCCAUGCCCAGUGGUGUGCCCCAUGCAAGAUCCUGGGACCACGACUGGAAAAGGUGGUAGCCAAGCAGGAAGGCAAGGUAAUGAUGGCUAAAGUGGACAUUGACGAAAAUACGGACCUUGCCAUUGCCUUUGAUGUAUCCGCGGUGCCAACAGUGCUAGCCAUCAAGAAUGGAGAUGUGGUGGACAAGUUUGUAGGACUCAAGAAUGAAGAGCAGCUUGAGGCCUUCCUGAAAAAAUUGAUCAACUGCUGAACAGGUCUGAUUAAAAAAACUUUACUAAAUGUGACCACCUCUUACAAAGAAGAACAAAUCCUAAGCCUCCACACUAAAAUUCCCUAGUAACAACUACAAACAUCUCUAGAAGACACCUCCUUCAAUCCUUCUUUCUUACCAACACAAGAACAUAAGAAGAGCUGAAAGAAGGGGAAGAUUUCUACAAAGAAGUCCUAUAAUCUGGAAGAGCCUUGAAGCAUCACCUUACUUUAUUCUUGGCAGAGCGUUCAAUUUUAACAGCGGGAGGCUUAACUGAAUAUAUCCAACACAGGGGUGGCACAUUAUUUUUUUUAAUAAUAAAAUUUAAAUUUAAUUCCUGAUCAGAAA